CCACACUUACACAAGAAAAAAGUUUCCAAAAGCCAUCAUAAAGUAGGAAUCCUUUACACAUUAUAAAAAGAACAGCGCGCUAGUUGAUUGAGCAUUGAGAAUUGGAAACAAAUAAUGCUCAAGAAUUGAGAGUAAAAAACCAACGUAUUCAUUGAAAAGGUGCUUGCUUGGUUAAAUUUAGAGACCUUCAACUAUUUGUUCGGCUUUAUUAAUUUUUCAUUAUUUUUACAAGAAAAAACACAAAAAUUUAGGGGUAGAGGCUCGAAGGAAGGAAGCUUUUUGCUAUUUUUGGAAUCUGUUUAGUGCAUAUCGCAUUUCCUUACAUUGAUUGAAAUCUAGAAGUUGUGUAGUAUAUUAUACUCGCAUUUACAAUAAUGAGAAAAUUCACGCCCAAGUUUGUUCCUCGAAGAAAAGCUGGCCCUAGUACGGAGGAGAAGGAAGUCGAUAGUCGAGUCAAGGUUGAAUACAAUACUGAAAACCAACAGCAAUGGAAAAAACAAAGACCUAGGCCAGAGCUUAACAUGACCGCUUCCGGUCCUUUUGCACUCGGUCCUAACGCUUCUUCUUCAGGAAGUCGUCCAGUAGGUUCUGCAUACAUUCCUCCACCCAGUGCGGCAGGUGUCAAAUCUGAAAGUAAAGACGAUACAUUGUCAAAACUUAUUGCUGCUGGCGAUGUUGAUGAAGAUGGGCAUUCUCGAGACAUGGUGAACAUUCAGAAACUUCGAACGUUGUCUGGCCAAGAAGGUGGUAGUAUCGACUUAGAAGCUACCGAUUUGCUUGUUCCUGUCAUUUCAGAUCGGACACUUCCAGAAUCAGCAGAUGAAGUUUUAAAGCAUCAUGCUGAAAGUGCUGUUCAAGCUGUUGUCGUGAAUAAAGAGGAAGAGGAACAAGAAAAGCUUGCCUUUGAUUUACAAUCUCUUGCCCAAGAUUUGGGUUUGGCACAGCAAGAAGAAAACGACUUUAAAGAUCAAAUUGUUUUGCUUCAAUUUCCUGACAAGCUUCCUGAUUUUCUUGGGCAAGCAGACGUUGAUCCCGUUUGGCCUGAAGAAGCCACCCAAGUGAAAGAAGAACCGGAUGCUCAGGAAAAGCCUCCUCAACCGUCAGAAAGUGGUGAAACCAAGAAAAAGGCAAAUUACAAGGAUGGUUUAACUUCUUUACCUGUUCCUGGUUUUCAACCUCCUGCUGGACAAGUAGGUGUUAUGCGAGUUCAUCAAUCCGGAAAAACUGUUUUGGAUAUGGGUAAUGUCGACUUUAUAGUGCAAUCUGGUUCAGACUGUCUAUUUCUUCAAGAAGUCGCUGCGCUCGAUUUUGAGUCUAAGCGUAUGUGGAAUCUUGGUACAUUCCAGCGAAGAAUGAUUGUCAGUCCUAAUUUUUAAAGUGAAGACUACAAGAGGCGAUUGUUUUCAAUGCCACUGAAAUGUAUAAUAAUGAAAAAUGGGUUCUUUAUUUUUGGAUACAGGAGUUUUGAUAAUUUAAGAAGCAUGAUGACUUAACAUUAUGCAUCAUAAAAGAAAUUACUUUUAUAUUGAUUAGUAUAUUCUACAUCUUUAUAGGCUGUUAAUGUGAAAUGUACAAUAGAAAAAAGGGUAGCAAACUGA